GCGGCACGAGGAUCACCGCCAGUGGGCCGAGUACCUCGAGCUGCUUAUCAUUCAGGCGUGGCGAGGGGAAGUGGAGGGCGAUCUGCUCGGAUUCCUUUCCGGAUCGAUGCGGCCCGAUCAUCGCCAACUGAUCGUGCACGAGUUAACGGUCCCCCUUGCACAGCUGGCCGACGAUCUCCCACUCGAGAUUGUCUCGCAGAGCGACGAUAGCCCCGUCCCGCACGUUCUCACUCGGACCUUGGCGCCAUAUCUUCAGUGGUCGGCGUGCUUGGAGGAACCUGGAAGCAGCCGCAACCCACCAUCACAGCCCGAUUAUCUGGACCCGCACGAGAUAGUCGACCUCGCCUUCUUCGAAGAUCGGACAGCUUCCGAGAACGAGGAAGUAGAUAUUGAAGCGGAAGAAGAAAGCUCGGAAGAAGAAGAAGAAGUUGAAGAAGAGGUUGACGAGGAAGAAACUCCCGAGGAGGGGAGUUACAGUGAGCACAGCGAAGGCAAGCAAAGUGAGGAGGAGGAGGAAGAAGAACAAGGCGACGGAGACGAAGAAGAAGAUCAGGAGGAGCUGGAAGAGUCGGAGUGGGAAGGAUUCGAAGAGGAGGUGCGUGACGAGGCUCGGGAGCAGGCUCAAGCGCAAAAGAGGGAAGACAUCGCGGCCGGGAAGCGACGUUUGGAAUUCGCCAGCGCAGCCGGCCAGCCGCGCACCAACGACCCGGCCCGGGAUCCAGAGCCACCUAAGCCCGAGGAUGGAGAGACAGCUGCCGAGACUUCGGCCGCAGCAAGACGGCGACGAAGCCGAUCCCCCUCCCCCUUUACCACCAACCACCCAUCAACUCGUCCACGUACCGAUGCGGGGCAUCGGGCUUCGUCCCCGGUCGUUAUCCCCCCGUCCCUUUGAUCACCUCUCUUUCCGCCAGAUCACCGCCCACGUCACCUUCCCCCCCAAUCCCUUCCCCAUCGAUACCUUCCGCUUUUUCUACACUAC